AUGGGAAUUUGUUUCUCUUCCAAAAAACCAACAAGCGAUGAUGCUUCACCAGCCAAAGUCUCUAGAGCUAGCAAGCCGGCCGGUAAUGCAGGUAAAUCGUCUAAUGCAAUAAUUAUCAUGCCCGUUGUUGCUGGAGGAGGCUGUGGUGGUAGUGGAUUAAGUGGAUAUGGAGGUGGAGGUGGUGGGUGUGGAGGUGGCGGCGGUGGAGGUGGCGGGUGUGGAGGAGGAGGUGGUGGAGGUGGUGGUGGAUGCCAGCCAUAUAUGGGAAUCUGUUUUUCUUCACAACCAACAAGUGAUGAUAAGAGAAAAAAGAAGACUAAGAAUCAUGCUGCAGGAGGAGGGUGUUUUGGUGGCGUAGAAGGGGGCUUCGAUGGAGGUGGCCACCACCACCACACGCACCAUGAUGGAGGUGGUCACCACCACGGUGGAGGUGGUCAUCACAACCACGGUGGAAGUGGUCUCGGUAGCGGCUGCGGUGGUGGAGGCGGCGGUGGUGGUGGAUUUUAG